AUGUCCGCCACGACUUUGGGGACAUGGAUUUGUGACAGGACUACGUUAACGUAUUACCACAGCGGCUCUACGAGCUAUCUUUUCCACAACAUGCACAGCCUUUCCCGGUUUGGCAAACCCAUAUUUCUUUUCCAGAAUUUCUACCUUAAGUCAACUUGGGGGUGGGAUGAUGAAACCAAGCGGAAUGAGUUAUUUGCUCCCGAGUCACGUCACAAAUCCCCACCUUCAUUACCGGUCACCUCCGACGACCCUUGUGCAUUCGUUCAUUUUCGUUUUGAGAUUGAUGCCGGACGACCAAUAUUGUAUUGCUACGAAAUCCAACUGCAUGAAAAGGUACGCGGGUUCAAACUGGGACGAAAACUAAUGGAUAUUCUACUUAAAAUCUCCAUCGACAAUCGGAUGUCCCGGAUUCUCUUAACGGUAUUCAAAUUUAACACCGUCGCCUGUACAUUCUUUCGAAAACUUGGAUUCAAAAUCGAUCAUACCGAUCCCUCUAAGUUUGGUCUAUGUGUUGACUAUUCCAUUUUAUCCAGACGCCCUUAA